CUUUCUUCUUCACCUCGACCCGCCACCAGUUCUCUGGGCUAUUCUUCCCAUAUAAAUAUUACCUCUUGCUUUCCUCAAGCUCAGCGAGAACUCAAGAUUCUCCCACGGCAUUCCAUCCAGCUUGCGCUGGCUGGUGAUUUGAUCGCAACUCCUCCCAUGGUCCCGCACUCCGCCCCUCGCUUGCAUAUCGAAGAAUCCAGAUAGCGAACAAAUCCUCAUGUCGACGGCAUCUACUCAGUCCCGAGGCGUAAACCGACGGAUCAAUAGUCUGCAGAAUGAAACCCACCACUCGCGCAACCUCUCCCUCUCCCGCCGACGCCCAGUGACUUCCUCAGUUGCCUAUUCUUAUGCUCUCCGUGUAGCGUACCUUACCCAUCUUCUUCAACCACGCUCGCGCCGCGUCCAGAAUGCACCAGCUCCCCCCCAGCGGCCCAAGCGGGCUUCGACCUCGUUCCAAGAUUUAAUGAGCGAUUUCUCUCUCCUGCGAGACUCCAAAAGCUCCAGGUUUCCCCAUGGCUUCAUUUCGGAGCUUGAGAAAAGGUUGACCGGCAUCUUGAUGGGGAAAGAGACAAGAAAGGAAUACCAGGAUCAUCUAGUUGUCAGGACCUUUGCUGCAUUUCUAAAUGCUCUCAAAGAUCAAUCGUUCAAAAAGAGAAUGGAGAAGGAUCGGAGGGCAGAAGACCUCGUUCUAAUCUUCUACUCGAACGCAACAAAGGAGCUCAGUAAGGGUAAAGAUGUGGAUGAUGACAGCUGGAAAUUUAUGGUGGACAGGCAUGUCGCACUGUUUGUUCGCUUGUUUGCGCUGAUUCUCAAAAGCAAUGACUGGGCGAAGGAACGCCCGGAGCUGGCAAAUCGAUUGGCGGUGUUGGAGAGCAAGCUCCUUUCCCAUGACCAGGACCUUGUGCAAACUGCUAGCCCAUCUACAAUAGAGGUCGUAGCCCCUUUGAGCUAUGACGUGAAGGAUAUGCCCCACGUGCAGCAUAUUGCGAAGAUCUUUAACGUGAACCUCGCCCAAGCGCAGUCCGAUAUUGAAAAACAUCGAGGAAUUUGGACUGCGCAGGCUGCUCUCAGGGACCUAAAGACAUAUCAGACUCACUUGAGUCUCAAGACCGGCAACUCACUCUCUCGAGAUGAUUUUGAAGAUGAGGAGUCCUAUGAAGCUUGGAAGAAGAGUGAGGGGCCGGACCUAUCCCAGAUGAUGCUUGCCAUUGUCCAAUCGAAUCCUGAACUAGCAAAAAGCACCCCCGGCGGUGCCCUCCCUCAAUUCAAUGCAAGUGGAGGUGACUACCUUCACGGGGAGUUUGGAGAAUUGUCAAGAACAAACUCUGGUCGGCCGAUAUCGUACGUGAUCGACCAGCCCGUGGAUCUUAGCUCGCUAUCACUAGCCGAUGAUAACUCUGAAGAAUCGGACACCUACACAUUCAUACCGCCGGAUCCGAGAACGGUAUAUUGUACCAUUUUGGCACAGGCUUUAAGUCACGACUUGAAAGACCGUGACCUUGAGGCCACACAAGCUACAUCUGAAGUACCCUCUAUGAAGCUGCUCUCUAAGCAGUCAACAGAAAUGUUGAACGAGGCUUCCAUUCGCUGGCGUAUCCCUCCAUUCUCUAGAGCUGUCUUGUUUUUGGACGUUGUACGUUCCAAAUUCGUUGACAAUGAGAUUGACCUCAGCACCCUUGACUCAGCAUUCUCAUUUGUUAAGGAAAUGCCUUCAUCGGAUGGCAAGAAACGUAGCAGUAUCAUUUCUUCCUCGGUACUCUUCGAUCGAACCAAGUGGACGGUUCAUGAUACUGCCCUAAUGCGUCAAAUACUUUCGUCCCUUCAUGAGGCUAUCUUGAGAGAAUUGUACGAUGUGAUGAUGGAUUGCUAUGAAACCAAGCCUCGCCCCAUCGGUCCAGUCAUGUACGUUCUAGAAAAUCACAUCCAGCUCGAUCCAGAUUACACAGAGGAUGCGAAAGAUAUCAACCGCUUCCAGUCAUAUGUUCAGGACGGCCUUGCCCAGAAAGCAACUGAGAAAUAUCAAAGCAUCUUGGGACAGGAGGUACCUGUGGACCCGGAGGAGUGGGAAUUGGAGCACGUUAUUCAGCUUUGUGAUGCCAUUACGAAGCAUGCGCAGAGAAUUAAGAAACGGUACCGAAACAAUCCAGAGAUUAUGGGUGUCAACCCCCACAGCAUUUUGCUGUCAAAUACAUUGCCAAUAUUUGCGGAGGAUAUACACGAAAUAAUAGUUAGGAUUCUCGAGCAGGAGAAGGCGAGAGGUGAAGAGAUUGAUAUCCUUGAUGCCUUUCACCUUUACAAGCAGCUGUCUGCUAUCAGACUUCUAUUUAUGGAGUCUCUUCCCGACGCCCCCUUUCCAUUCCGCGUGGAAGACUUGUUGGAAAGUUUCGUUUGGAGAUGGAUCAACCUCACUGACCAGAAAAUUAUGGAAUGGGUUGAGCAAGCACUCAGACAAGAUGCGUUCACAGUCAAAGACGAUGAUUCCAUGGAAUUGGUGGCCGAAGAUGCUAGACACAGUGUGUCUGUGAUAGAUAUAUUCCGGUCGUUCAAUCAAGUCAUAGAGCAGAUGAUAGAACUAAAGUGGACUGAUGAGUUUCAGUACGCAAAGUUCAUGACAGCACUAUCCAAGUCUAUUGGAAGGGGUCUUGCGAGAUACUGUGAAGCAGUGGAGCAGAUGUUUGCGAAGGAAAUGGACCGACUCUCUCCUGACCAAGAGGCAGCCCUCAAUCAGACCACGCAGGAGAAACUAAUGCAAAUCGCGAAGGAGGCAUGGGCAAGCAAGGAGAAGAUUGAGCCAUUCCAGUUCUUUCCCCAGUCAUUGGUCAAACUCAACAACGUUGAAUACGCCCUCUCCCAGCUCGAUCGACUGGAGCGCGAGAUAAACGUUGAUGGCUGCGCUGAUGUGAUUGCUCGACAUAGCCCUCCACAGCUCCAGAAGAUACGCAAGUCCACAACCUGCGUGUUCACAAUUAAAGUUGUGGAAGCGGAAGAUCUCAAGGCUUGCGAUAUGAACGGAAGCAGUGAUCCGUAUGUUGUCCUGGCGGAUGAAUAUCAGAAGCGAAUUUCAAAGACUCGCAUUAUUUACAGUAACCUGAAUCCACGGUGGGAUGAUACCGUCGACAUCACCACCCAGGGACCUCUGAACAUCAUCGCCACGAUUUGGGACUGGGAUGCAGUGGGCGAUCAUGAUUAUGUCGGACGAACGUCAAUCAAACUUGACCCCGUGCAUUUUGGCGAUUUCUUGCCAAGGGAGUAUUGGCUGGACUUGGAUACGCAAGGCAGAUUAUUGCUUCGAGUAAGUAUGGAAGGGGAGCGUGAUGACAUUCAAUUUUACUUUGGCAAAGCAUUUAGAACAUUGAAGCGGACUGAGCGAGACAUGACCCGCAAAAUCACUGAAAAGCUGUCUGCGUAUAUCAGUCAUUGCUUGUCUCGUCGGACCUUGAAAUCAUUGCUAUCCCGCGGUCUGAGUAUCUCCAGCGUCUCUAAUUUCCUGAAUCGGAAUCGUACACAGUCAACUGGAGUGACUCCAUCGAAUGCGGACGUGGAAAAUGCACUGACGCCCCUCUUUGAUUAUUUCAAUGACAACUUUGCGAUCAUGAACAAGACACUCACACCCGAAGCUAUGAAGAUGGUCAUGGCACGUCUAUGGAAGGAAGUACUUGCGACCAUUGAAAGCUUGCUUGUCCCCCCGCUAUCGGAUAAACCUUCGCACCAGAAGCCUCUCACUAUGCAGGAGGUUGAGAUCGUGUCACGCUGGCUCGUGCUUCUUUUGAAUUUCUUCCACGCCCCGGACGAGGAAACCGGCGAAGCUAAUGGUGUCCCUAUUGAUAUCCUAAAAUCUCCCAAGUAUCAUGAGAUCCAAAGUCUGAAUUUCUUCUAUUUCGAGCCCACUGAGAAUCUCAUCCGCACUUCGGAGCGCAUGGCCUCCGCGACAAUUUCCCGGCAACAAGCCAGCCGCAAUCGCGCAUCUGCACCACCACACAUGGGCCCUGGCGGGACCGGCAGUGUUCUUGGCAUCCCAGGCGGACGCCGAGCCAAGAGCAUCAUGCAUUCUCGCAACCUAGGUACAAUGAAGAAGGCAAAACAGGAGAAGUGGCGGGAGGCCCAGGCCGACCCCAACGAUGAUAUGAUCCUACGGAUUCUGCGUAUGCGGCCAGAAGCCGCUGGUUAUCUGCGCGAUCGCAGUCGCCAAAAGGAGCGACUUGCAGCCGCCGCAGCGGCCGAUGCCAUUGUCAAACAGAGUCUUAUGGCGGGCGUUGGGGGACGAAUGUCCAGUACAUUGGGACGUCGGUGAAACGCAAGUAGUUAACCGGGACUCUAUACUAAAUUUUUUUUUUUUUUUUCCCUCCCUCUCAUCUAUAUUUCGUUUUUGUUUUUGUUUGUGGUGUUUACAUUCAGCAUGGCUUUUCUGACAUGGACGUUAUGUUAUGUUAUGAUUCCAAUUGCGCGAUUCCUGCGAGUGCGAUACUUGAGCCUGGGGGAGCUAUAGCUAGCUGGAUUACUAUUUCGGGGGAAGUUGCCGACCUAUCUAUCUUAUAAUGAUAAUUUCUUUCACUACGCC